UUUGCUCUCAUCAACAUCUGUCCAUAAUGAGGGAAUACGGUGUAUUUUGUGUUCAAAAUUCGAGUGGAAAAUUCUAAAUAAUUUAUUGAUGGCAUAAAUUGAAGUGUGAACCGAAUUGAAUUGAAUUAAUUUUGAAUUCAAGUGAAUUGAGACAUUUUUAAAUUCAAAAGACAUUCCAUAAAUAAGAAAUUUUUGCUUAGCAUAGAGAUUUACAAGAAAAAAACACAUACUACGUAUUUAGUAUUUACAGUGUCUAUCCUUUUUCUGCUUCCUACAUCCUUCUCACUUGCGCAACCGUCAAUAUUUACAUACUGUUGGCACGACAUAUUUGACUUUGUACCACUACUACCAUCAUAUCGUGUAUGUUCGCGAAUAUUGCGCGCAUCGGCAUAACAAUUGAAACGCACAUACCAAACACACACACACGUACAUACACAACAACACACACAAAUACAUAGACACAUGGUCAAAACGUGUUCGGAUACGGCAUUUAGAAAAGGAAACAAUAAAUUAUACGCAGUUAAAUUCAGCAGGCAAUAACAUCAUCAUCAUCGUCAUCACCACCAAUCGCAUCGGCACGCAAUUUCAAACGACGGAUGUGCUUCUCGUGUGUACGCGUUGUUGUUGUUGUUAUCAUUUUUCUCUGUUGUGAUUCAUUUCGCAAGCGUGCUAUGUUAAUGUAGUUGAACAAACAAAAGCAUACACAUACGCAUCAUCAUUCUCGAUGCAGAGCAUAAAAACAUUCUUCUAAAUGCGUCAUACAGGUGCAAGUUGAAUACAAAACGCAACACACGCACACGCACACACAUCGCGAGCAACAGAGAUAUAAGCAAGGAUACUAGUAAUAAUAAGACGUGUAAAAAACGAAGAAGAAACUAAAAAACAAGAGAAUUGCCACCGAGUACCAUUCGUACAGACUUUGGAAAAUUAAAGGCAAUCGAGAAAGGCGAAACUUAAAACAAAAGGAAUCGCCAACAACACAAGAACACGAAUACGAAUGGGAAGAAGAAGAAACGAAGCAAAGAAAUAAGAGAAGUAAACGUAAGCAUAUACACAAAAAUAAAAAUAAAUAAAUAAAAUUGCAUAAAACAACGACCAAUAACAAGGAAAACCAGAAGGCACACGAACGAUCACAAAUUCAUACAUAUAGAGAGUGACGAAAGAGCAACAGAGCAAAAUUGCAACGAUUAAUGGCAAUGGCGAAAAAAGUGCAGCACACUAAAUAAACGCGAAUCAAAUGAAAAACAUACACAACAAAACGCAAGCAAGCGACCAAGCAAGAGGCGAACAAGAAGAAGCGCAGUGGCAUUUCUUCGAGUGCAUCAAUAAGUGAACUGCAUUUCGAUACGUUCAAUUGAAGUGGUCGGUUGUUUGAAACGUUCGUGAAGUUUGCGCGCUAAAAAAGAAGAUUCGUUCGUAAAAAGGAAGAAAAAAGAAUUUAAUAAUCAAGAAAUAAUGUCGGCCUCAACAUCAACAUCAUCAUAUCUUCAAGCAGUUGCAUCUCGUUCACCAACACCAUUUGUUUGCGACGAUGAAAUUGUCAAACUAUUUCCAUUAAAAAGUAUAUCGGAUGUAGUGCGUUUGUUUAAAGUGCAUUUAGAAUCGGUGAAAGAGCCAGAUUUGACAUUGUUGUCCAUUGUUACGGGCAUCAUUGAAAAUACGUUGACAGGCAAGUGCAAUGCAAACUCACUCCAAUCAAACGCUGACACAGCUGCAUUGAAUAAUAAUAAUGCAGAACCAACAAAUAACAACAGCACCGUCGACACUUUGACCGAAACCAAGGUCAAAGUGGAGGAGUCAAACAAUUCAACCAUUGACAUAUCAAAUGCAACGAGUUGCAGCAAUUUUCCUGUUGUCACAUUUGAUACGGUUAAAAUGUUAUACGAAAAAUUCAUAAAAAUUAUAUCAUUGAUCGGACCAUGCAAACGUAUCGGUGUUAAAGAGGCAAAAAAAUCCAGCCGCUCAAAUGCAACACCUGUCUAUGCAACAAGAGAUAUUAUUAAACAAGUUUCGGAUGUUAUAUGGAAUUCAUUAAUUCGAAGCACAUACAAGGAUCGUGCACAUUUACAAAGUUUAUACAGCUAUUUGGCGGAAAAUAAAUUGGAUUGUUUUGGUGUGGCGUUUGCUGUUGUAGCCGGCUGUCAACAACUUGGCUAUGACGAUGCGCAUUUGGCCAUUUCAGAGGAUCAUGCUUGGGUGAUUUUUGGUAAAACUGGCGAAGAAACCAUUGAAGUUACCUGGCAUGGAAAAGGUGCUGAGGAUAAGCGUGGUCAGUCGGUGACGACUGGUUAUGAAUCUCAUGCGUGGCUCUAUUUAUCUGGUCAUCCGGUUGUUUGUGAUCGAUUUAUCGAGGUUGGUGCUAUAAUUUCAUCGAUAAAUCCCAGUCUGUCAAUGACGAGCGCGUGUUUGGAAGUGGCCGAAUUACAACAACAAUUGCUUUGGCUACUUUACGACAUGAACCACCUGCAACGAUAUCCAAUGGCUUUGGGCUGUUUAGGCGAACUGGAAGAGGUGGCAGCCACAAAAGGACGUCCAUCAUGUUUGGAACUAUACCAAACGGCUGUUGAAUCAGCACAAAUUAACUACAAAAAUCAUCAUGUGUAUCCGUACACAUAUCAAGGAGGCUAUCAUUACCGGCAAAAACAGUACAAAGAAGCAUUUGCCGCUUGGGCAAAUGCUGGCGAUGUGAUACGAUUAUUUAUUUAUUCACGUGAUGAUGAGGAAAUCUACAAAGAAUUUUUAGACAUCGCAAAUGAACUGAUACCACACAUCAUGAAAAUGGAGAGCUCAGGACAUUCGGCAAAAAGUAUACUCAGAGAUCCGCAUUGUUUUGCAAAUUUGCUAAGAUUUUACGAUGGAAUUUGUUACUGGGAACAGGGAAGCUUAACGCCAAUUCUGCACAUUGGUUGGGUCAAACCAUUGGUAACGACAAUAUCCCGUUUUGAUGGUGAGAUUCGAUCUCAAGUGAUAAUUCAUUGUGCAAAAGAUGAAGACGAUGUGAACGAAGCGAAUGCUUCAAUUCGAUCUGAAAAUAAUAACAAUGAUGUUACUGUGGCGCCCAAUCAAGAGGAGAAAAAGUUGAAAAACGGUGACGAUACGAGUGAUAAAACAUCGGAAACAGUUCGCACCACGCUAGUCGAAGCACUGACAGCAGCAUGCGGUGAAAAAAUUUUAAAUCCCGAUUUUCUUCUACAGGGCGGUGGAAAACCAUUUGCCGAAUCACAAGUAAAAUCUGAACGAAGUGAUGAAAGUGAAAAACAACUUUUACUAUUGGCGCAAACAUCACCUCGACAUGGUUGCGAUGAGGCAGUGGCCGAAACGAAUGACAAAUCGAAUGAAAUGAAAGCGGAAACAAAGACCAUUGACGACGAGAGUAAAUUGACAAUACCGCCAUCGGGUCCAGUAUUCAAGGAAACAGCUGAAAAUGAUAUAAUCAUUCCAAAACGACCUGAAAUCACGCUAUACAGCCAGAAAAUGAAAGGUCUUAAAGAACUAUUACUGGCAGAAAAAUUAAACCAGCAUGCAAUAUCACUACAAUUGACCGCACAGUCGCAAGUUCAAGUUGCCGGCAGAAAAAGUCGAUCGAUCGGUGCCAUAAACUAUGCAACAAGCACGAAACGAAGUCGACGCGAAUAAAAUAAAACAAAUAUUUUCUCAGAGAAAAAAAAACCACAACAACACAUCUAAUAACACCUAUUUUCACACAUUUUUUUUCUUUCUUCACCUUGAAUUCAAUUGAUCUGAAAAUUGCGCGAAACAUUGUCAACAGAUUGAUUCUAUUGCGCUUUCGCCAAUCCGGAAUGAUCAAGAAUAAUAAAAUCUGAAAUGGAAAGCCUGUGAUUAAAAAGAAAAUAAUAUUUUUUUAAUAUCACGAAAAGAAAAAUGCAAAUUUUGUCUAAAUCUAUAUAUCACAAGCGUGGAGUCCGUGGAAUUUUUUGUACUCAAUACGUCGCGUGAGAAACAUAAUAAUAACAACAACAAACAAUAAUUGGAAAGUAAUGAAUGGUUUUUGGGUUGGAAAAUUGUGUGCGUUUAUCGAUGGCUAAAUAGAAUGUAUAUUUCUGUUAUAUUGUUGGCUUCUGAUGCAGUCGUUAAAAUAGAUUAACGCUGCUUUUACGGAUGAAUUUGUUUAUUUUUCGAGACCCGCAAAAAGAGUGCUAUAUUUAUAUGGGGAUGGAAUAAGUUAUUGUUAAAAAAAUGAUUGAAUGAGUUGAUGAGGACGUGUUGAAAAUGUUUUUUUUUAAAUUUAUCUAAUUUAUUUUUGAUUUUCAGAACGAAAUGACUAGACAGGGAAAUGAUUUUUU